UCUCUCUCCCUCUCUCUCUCUCUUAGCCUGUUGAUAUAUCAGCUCAAGCCACUACUCUCAUUGGUAAACACGUCAGUGUCAUUAGAUCAAAGCACACCAUAACUGUAAGAUUUCCUGAUGGAACUCCUGAUACUGUUCUACCGGCAAACAGUAGCUAUUCAUUGAGAGAUCUUUUUGAUAACAUGAUGGUAGAGAAGGAGAAAGCUCACAGCUAUUCUGUCUAUCUUGAAGGAGCAAGGGCACCCAUGGAGCUAAACAUGUCAGCAGGGAAGCUUGAAGGACACACCGUCCAUUUAAAAUAUAACCCAUCAAACACUUUCCCCAGUAACACAGCCUCUACUCCUCCCAAAAAGACUGCUUUUAAUGAUGGUCUACCCAGUACUGCGUCAAGUUCAUCAGCAAAACUUUCUGAGGGAGUUGAUGAAUUAUUCUCUAUGAUAGCUCGUCUCAGUGCUGAUACGUUACAAGACCAGUCCAUUAUUGAAGACAUGUCCCCUCAAGCGGCCUCCUCACCAAAAGACCCCAAGAAAGGAAAGUGGAUUGCCCCUAGAGCGUCCCCUAAAUUCUCUCGUGUGAAAAGUGGAACCUCCAUCCCUGAGAGACGGUUGGGACUCACCCAAUCUGUUCCUCCUCGCUCCGUCUCCCCUCCAGUCUCCAUGAUGAACUCGCUCCCUGUCCCUCACUAUCCUCCUCCUCCUAAAUCAGAUCCGCCUAACGCUAGCCUCUAUGGUGACUCUUAUACUUACUCAUCUCCUCCGAAGCAUAUACAUCAACGUUCAGCCGACGCCAUGUCUGGGAUCAGUAUCGGAUCAGGAUCAAGUGUUGAUUCAAUCACGCACGAGUUCUCUGCUGAUAGGAGAGCAUUUGUGCACAAUAACUUGAGAGAGUGGGUCAAUAAUUCGACCACUAACCCGCCACAGUACUUCCCCACUGCUCUUGGUAGUCAGGACACACUCGAUAGGACGGACGGACGGACGCUGGUUGGCGGUCGUACCAGUCUACCUAAUAGCCGUGGUUCCAGUCUCACUCGGGGCCACGCCCCACUAGCAAAAUCUUACUCCGCCCGCCCUCUUUACCAGACUGAGUUGAGUGGUUCCUUUCAACGUCACAACGGAGGAAACUCACAGUCUUCUGGUCGACUAGGCCCUGGUAGUACUGUUGGGUCUGAUAGACAGUUUUCAGAUACGGAAUCUAUGGCUUCGUCUAGUUGUCAUAGCAACGCCUCGGGGAAGAGAGUGCCGCUCUCUCCAACGACUCACGUAUUAGUAGUAGAGGAUCAGCAGCACAGUGAGACUUUUGUCUGAGAGAUGACAAAAAUAUACAUAAUCAUGUAUUAUUAUUAUUAAUUAUUAUUAUUAUUAUUAUUAAUUAUUAUUAUUAUUAUUAUUAAUUAUUAUUA